AUGAUGUUAUUUAAGGCAAUCGAGGUGAGGAACGAGCACGCCUCGAAUCUACUGCGGCUCUGGGCUUUUGUGGACAACAUAGACCUGUGGCACGGUCUACUGCAAGCUUCGGCAGGCGGUGGGGAGCAGUUCUUGGACGCAGAGAGACUGCUGCUCCGCUACUCGAUGAUCGAGGCCCGAGGGUCCGUGCAGGGCAGCGGCAACCACAGCAUACACCCGGUGGUGCACAGAUGGACGUCGCACAUACAGGAUGACAAUGGGAAGAGAUUGUUUCUGCGGCAAGCGAUGACGGUGGUUGGAUUCUCCGGGCCCGACAGCAAGACUAAGGACUAUUGGGAGCUCCAGCGGCGGCUUCUCCCGCAUGUGGAGAGGUGCUCAUGGUGGGCUGGGAAGUUCCAGGGGCGCGAGUACGAUUUCGAAAGAAGUAAUAUCACCAACGCGACACAUAUGUUGGACCUCCUUUACGCGGAUCAGGGCCGACUGGGGGCAGCGGAGGCGAUGUAUCAGCGGGCGUUAUCUGGGUUCCAGACCACUCUAGAGCCGUCUGAUCGGAAGUUACAAAUGGUUAUUGGAAAUAUAGAGCAUCUACGACAAGCAAACGGUAUCCUUGAUGCGUAA